CGGACAUAGACAAGCCCCCCCCCCGGACUGUUCUUUUCUCUCCACCCACCAAUUGCUUCGAUCACACCGCUGUCCUACUUCGGGGUCGAGGGAUCGAAACUACAGCCAGACGCUAAACCUCUCGAUAAUAAUCAACAAUUACAUGACCCCUGGCACCAUGACUCCUUCGACAUUAAUCACCCUAGGUCUCGCGGUUUCGGCCGUGUUCAUCUUCUGGACAAUGUCCUCGACCUCCUCGUCACCCUUCACCAAUGCCUUCCCUCGCCUCUACAACAAGCGAGUUUGCUUGCUUAUCGCCCACCCCGACGAUGAAGCCAUGUUCUUUGCCCCCACGGUGCUGGCUCUUACAAAGCCGGGCUACGGGAACCAUGUGAAGAUUCUCUGCCUCAGCAGCGGUAUGUACCUACCCACGCAUUGGAUAGAUAUAGAAGGUACCAAUGCUGACCUCUGCUGCCCCGGUGAUGCAGGAGACGCCGACGGGCUCGGUCACAUUCGCAAGAAGGAACUCGUGAAGAGCGCAAUGCAACUGGGACUACGGAACGAAUCGGAUGUUUACGUCGUGGACGACCCCUCUCGCUUUCCCGAUAGCAUGACAGCCCAAUGGUCGGAAAGUGAUGUCGCAAGUGUUCUCGCAUCCGCAUUCGCCCCCGAAAUAAGCGAUAAUUCCACUUCCCGGAAGAAGACAAACAAAGCUAGCCCGCCCACGGCGAGCAUCGACGUGCUCCUGACCUUCGACAAAGGCGGUAUAAGCAACCACCCCAACCACCGGUCUCUCUACCAUGGUGCCCUUUACUUUAUCCGCUCCUUGAUGAAAGACAAAACCGGCUACACCUGCCCCAUUACCCUAUACACCCUCACCACGACGAACCUCGUGCGCAAGUAUGCCGGGAUCCUUGAUGCGCCGUUGACCAUGGUCCAGGGCGCUUGGAGUUCUCUUCGGCGCCGCAGUUCCAAAGGCCAGAUGCCCUCUCGACUUCUGUUUGUCAGUUCCAUCAACGAGUGGUUGACCGCGCAGUCUGCCAUGGUCAAGGCCCAUCAAAGCCAGAUGGUAUGGUUCCGAUGGGGUUGGAUUACAAUUGGACGGUACAUGGCCGUGAAUGACCUGCAGGCGGAGAAGAUAUGAUUGCCAUGAUGUAUGCUCAUGGGCCAGGUGUCCAUGGACUCAUCUGAGUGGUCAUUGGUGUAGUGUCCCCCACCCUAUCCGCGGCUUAAUACCCAAAUUGUAUAUAUCCUUUCUUCCCACAUUGGGCUGAUAUUACUUGGAAUUCUUGCUUAGAGGGUCAGUUUCCUCACUGUAUAGAUGCCUUACGCAUGGACUCGCAGG